GCAUGAGCCAGUGGCCGGAGAGUGCGGAAACCCUCUACGAAGACCGGCAACAGCUUCGAGUGAAAAAAAUGAUACACUUGAUAUGAACGGGCAGAUGGGAUAUGAAACAGUUGAGUGUGGGCAAAGAAAUUUAAAUUCGUCGACUACAGAAGUCUUAGCAGACCCUAAGUUCAUGGAAGAGGGCGAACAUGGUGCUACUACGCAAACCAUUGACAUUCAGGGUGGGGUUAAAAUGGUGUGUAAAUUCAGCAUUUCGCGUCAAGAUAUGGAAAAUAAUAGUAGACAGUAUUUGCUGGAAACAACGAAAGAAUACACUAAUCAUGCUGUUGCCAACAACUUCUACAAAGGAGUGAAGUGGGCGCCAGACGGUAGUCAUCUGCUGACGUGCACUGAAGAUAAUCACUUUAGGCUAUAUCAAUUGCCUGUCGAUAUGGACUAUCAAACUCCUGAGUACUGCGUAGUGGGGAGCUGCUCGAAGUCACUGACAUUCCAGCGGGCGAAUUGAUCUACGAUUAUGCCUGGUAUCCUCAUAUGCGGUACUGGGAUCCGACCACCUGCGUGUACAUCACGUGCACCCGCGAUCACCCAAUACAUCUCAGAGAAGCGGCCACAGGAGCUAUUCGCUGUACAUACAGGCCGUACAAUCACCUCGAUGAGGUUGAGGCCCCCAAGUCAGUUGCUUUCAAUCCUGACGGCACAAAGAUAUACUGUGGAUUUGAGAAGAUGAUCCGCAUAUUUGACACUUCGCGUCCCGGGAGAGACCACAUUGAUGUAAAGACUCUGGCGCAUAAAAGAGCGAAGGGUCAACGUGGAAUUAUUUCGACCAUCGCUUUUUCGCCAGCGACUCUCUCACUUUACGCCGCUGGCAGCUAUGAUCGAAGCAUCGCCUUGUACGUAGACAACGAUUGCAGCCCGGUAGCGCGAUUGAAAGGGAGUAAGGGAGGAGUAACUCAAGUGAAAUUCUCUCCCGAUGGACUGUAUGUAUACAGUGGAGGCAGAAGGGACGAUUAUAUUAUGUGCUGGGAUGUACGGAUGGGUGGUAAGCUCGCUGGGCGUAUGAAGCGAACGGCAGACACAAACCAGCGACUGCAGUUUGAUAUAGAUCCGCAGGGAAAGUACCUAGCCACAGGUAGCCAAGAUGCAACCAUUCGAGUCUUCGAUCUGAACGGUGACUGGCCCGAGGACUACAAUACGUAUGACAGCCAGUGUUCAAGUAGCAGCUAUGUGCGCGGUGUUCCUCUGUAUCUACACUUAAUUUGA